AUGAAUUUAGAAUCAUUGGCAAAUGAAUUACUUCUCGAUCUAUUUCAAUAUGUAUCUUCUGCCAAUCUUCUUGAUACUUUUUAUAAUCUUAAUAAUCGUUUCAAUUCUCUUCUUCUUCGUCAUUUUCAAAAUUAUGACCUUGAUUUCCAAUCAAUAUCUAAAGAUGAUUUUAAUACAAUGUGUCGACAUCUUUCGUUCAUUUCCAAUCAAGUAACGUCUCUACAUCUCUCAGAUAGGCAUGAUACACCUGGUCAAAUUGAUCAAUUCUGUUCUUUUGGUUUUACUCUUCAUCAAUUCAUUUAUUUACAAUCAUUGUCCAUUUAUCAUCUUCAUUCCGAAGAUAUUAUGAAUACAUUAUUAUUAAGUUUACCUUAUCGUUCAUUGAUUUCGGAUAUAACUUUUAAAGAAUGUUCUUUUUCGUAUGAUGAAACAAAUUCUCAAACAUUUGUAAAUAUUCUAUGGAGUUUACCUAAAUUGAUAAAUUGUCAUCUGGAUAUUCAAUUCAAACCACAAACACAUUUUCCAGUCUCAACUGUUCUCUCAUCAACCAUUGAAUCUCUAUUUAUUACUGAUAUAAAUCCACAAAACAGUCAAUUGUCUCUUCUCUUUAAAAAUACUCCUUAUCUACGAAAUCUUUCUAUUGAUUUUCAUUUAAACUUUUCUAACGAACCUCCAAUAUUAAUAACAACAUCAAUUAUUACAUUGAAUGUUUCAUUUUUCAUGAUUGAAGAUCAAGUUUUAGCGAAUUUUUUUCAAAUGAUGCCUAAUUUACUUCGAUUGAAAGUUGAUCUACCAGAUACAUAUAUCGAUGGACAAACAUGGGAACGAAUAAUUGAAAAAUAUUUACCUCAAUUAAAAAUUUUUCAAUUUCGAAUGAAUGAUGAACUUGAUGAUGAUGAUACAGAUGAAAAAGAAGAAAUAAAUGAAAGAUUAAAACUUUUUCAAAGUCCAUUUUGGCUCGAUAAAUAUCAAUUAGUUGUUCGAUGUGAUUGCAAUUUACUUAGUCAUAACAUGAUUAUUUAUAGUUUACCAUAUGCAUUUGAUAAUUUUUAUUUUCAAUAUCCUAUUUUAUCAAUAUCAACUCAAUCUGUUGAUGAAAAUGUAUCUUCAUCAUAUAAUCAAGUCCAUCGAUUAACUUGUAAAACAAAUUUAUCAAAUGAAUCAUCAUUUUCAUCUAUGAUUCAAUUUACUCAAAUUCGAGAACUUUGUAUACAUCUUCCUAUUAAUAAUUAUUUUUGGAAUAUUAUUUCAAGAUUAGAACGAAUAAAAAUACUUGAUAUAUUAAUAUCAAAUGAAUAUAAUGAAAAUUAUGAAAUACAAUUAAAAGUUUUAUUUGAUAAAAUAUCGAAUGUAUCGAUAGUACGUUUUAGAAAUUGGUCAUCAAGAAGUUUACCAAUAUUACCAAUUCAACAAAUAUCUCUAUCACUAUCUCAAUUAGAUUUAAUGUGGUAUAAAUGGUACAAUCUUGAAGAAUGUACUCUUUUAACUCAAAUGUUAAUUAAUACUUCAUGUAAAAUACUUUCAAUUGAUGUUCAAAAUCGAAAAUGUAUAUUAAAAAUUAUUAAUACAAUGAAUAAUCUUCAAUCACUUCAUGUUCGAUGUCACGCUGAUAUAUUUAAUCAUAAUACAAUAUCAACGAAAGAUGAAUUAAUUGAAUGGUUACAACAAUAUAUACCAAUAUCAUAUACCAUUACUCGAGAUAAUUAUCCUAUAAAUUGUAUUCGUCUUUGGAUUAGUUAA